CCUUGUGCAACACACACACACUCGACCAUAACUUGCGGGAUUGACCAUGCGGAUGGAAUGUUCUAGUGUUAAUAACUUGAUAAAAUUGUAUCUUCCCGAUUUUCAUAUACGAAGGCGUCCGUGUUUAAGGAAUUGUAAAAGAUAUAAAAGUAUAGAUCAACCGAAAUAAUAAAAUGCCGAAGAAAAACAAGAAGGGGAAGGGUUUGAAGCCAAAGGCAACACUAGAUUCCUUGCCUACCAGUGAUGAUGACAGAGAAACAGCUGAUAACUGGAGCACUGCCAGUAUUCUGUCAGAUGAAGGACACAGCAGCCUCUCUGAAGAAGGAGCAGGCCCCGAUGAAUCUUCUGCUCAGGAGAAUUUUGAAGACAAGCUGAAAGAUUGUAUCGAUGGACUUGCCGAGAAAAGUGCACAGACCAGGAAGACUGCUUUAGAUGGAGUGAUGAAGGCUUUAUCAAAGAAGUACAUAAUGGACUUCCUCCUAGAGAGGAAGGUUACCUUGACUGAUUACCUGUUGAAGUGUCUGAAGAAAGGGAAGGGAGACGAGCAAGUGCUUGCUGCUCGGUGCCUGAGUCUACUGUGUAUUCAGAUGGGGCUAGAGGCCGAGGACAUCUUCAAUGAAAUACAGCCCCAGUUACUGACUGCAAUGACAGAUAACUCUGUAGCCCUCAAGGCUAGGUCACAGUGUGCCAUUGGAUUGGCUGUGUGUAACUUUGUGUCCUGCACAGACAUUGAUAUUGUAGUCAAGGUGCUGGAUGCUUUGGAAGGUAUUUUCAAGACCUCAUACAGAAAGGGAGAUAAAUCCAUCCCGUCCCACACACCAGACACCACACAUCUACAUGCCAGUGCUCUCUCUGGGUGGAGCCUCCUGCUCUCUAUAGCCCCGUCUUUCCUUGUUAUGAAGUGUCUAGGAAAACACAUAGAUCACCUGCCAGACCUUCUACAUAGUUCAGAUGUAGAACUGAGGAUUGAAGCGGGUGAAACCCUUGCUCUGCUGUAUGAACUGGCUAGGGAGGAAGAUGAGGACUUUGAAGGAAAGGAUAUUGACAAUUUAUGUGAGACAUUGAAGAAGCUCGCCACAGAUUCCAACAAAUACCGUGCCAAAAAGGACAGGCGCCAGCAGAGGUCAAGCUUUAGAGAUGUCCUAAGGGCAGUAGAGGAAGGGGAUGUACCAGACCUAACAAUAAAAUUUGGAACCGAGUCUGUGGUGAUUGAUUCCUGGACCAGGAAGAAGCAGUAUGAUGCCUUCUGUUUAGUUCUGGGAUCUGGAGUUUAUCAGCAUCUACAGGAUAACAUUGUAGUAAGGGAAGUAUUUGGACUAGGGGCACCCAUACCUGUUGGCACUAAACCAGUUCAAAAAAUUACUAAAUGGGAGAGAACUCAUUACAAUGCUGCUGCCUUUAAAGCUCUCACCAAAGCCCGCUCCAAGCACAGAGACAAGCGAUCAGUCAUGGUAAAUGGUGAUUGACAAAAUGCAAAUUAGAAAACUGCUACAUUUGACCUAUUCAGCUGUUCAGCUGCAACCUUUGAGCUGUACUCCUAAUUAUCUGUGAUUCCGUCAUCGUCUGCGGUUGGCUUGAUGAUGUUAUCAUCAAAUAUUGAUGUAAAAUGUUAGUAUGUGCAUACACUGGCAACCAGUUAUAUUGAAUUUUUGAAAACCUCUUUAGUUGUGUGCUAUAUAUCUUUAUGUAUAUGAGAAACCACUUAUUUAUUGAAAUCAUAAAUGUGUUUUAGUUUUCAUGAUAUAUGUGUGUAUGUGCCAUCGUAGGCAUGAUUGGAUCUGUUUUAGAAAUGUCUGAGGUUGAUGUAUUUUUCAAUAAUUUUAUUUUAUAUCAUAUGAAUGUAUUUAGUCACACCCCUUUGAAAAAUGGAACAGUUUGAAUGUUAUUGAAAAUAAUUUUCUUGUUCCAUAUAUUCCAUGAAUGAAAGAGCUUCUAUUAGAUUGUUUAUAUAUGUAUGUUGUUAAAAUUUAGUAGUUGUUGCAGUGCUUUUUUGUUCAUUAUUAGAACACAUUUUGAAGUGAAUUUAGAAUGUUACAAGGCUUUCUCAAUUUACCAUAAUUUCACUUGAUAUGAAAUCAAGACAAAAUUAUUGUCUUUCACUGCCAUUCCAAGAGAUUUUUUUUCAAAUUAUUAGUUUUUUGUUUGAAUUGCAGUUGGAUGUAUGUGUUCAACAGAGAAAAUAUUAUAAAUACAUCAUUCAAAGCCAUUUUGAUAUUGAAUUUUGCAUAAAAACCCCACCCCCACCCCCGCUCGUAUUGGUAGGAAGAAUUGUAUUGAACAAUGAACACAUUUCUCCUUAACCUGACCAGUUUUGCUCAAAGAAUUCUAAAUUAUGCGACACCUGUUUUCCUGAGAUUGGUAUUUGGUAUUUAUAAGUGAGACAAAAUUCUGACAAAUUCUGGGAAUUGUUAUAUAUAAUCUAUAGUAAUAAAAAUGUAUACAAGAAUGACAUUUUCUUGAGCAGACCAUCUCGGGUAAUUAUGCCAAAAUAAAGUUCUCACAAGUAAAAAGUGAUUUACAAUAUUUACAUUUGCACUUUAUGCCAUAUUUUCCCAUGAUCUAUCAUUUAUUGUCAAAUAUCAUAUAUUUGGCGAAUUUUUAUGUUUAGGAGCACUACAAAUAUUUUCUUAAUUAGAAUAACGGAGUAUUCUUUAAAAUUUAACUUGCAUUGUGUCCAGGUAGUUUUAUGUUAAAUAAAGUGUUUUUUGGUUAAAAUAAAUCAUGAAUAGCCACAGUUAUUGUGUUACCAGAAUGAGUAAGUAAAUUGUAUGAUACUUAACAUUUGUCAUGCUUGAAUCAAGUAAAUUGGUAAUUUAGAGUAACUUUUCAGGAAGAAAAUAAAUAAACUACUUGGACAUAGAUGCCAAAGAAUUAAUGGUGUAAUCAUGUCCUGCAAAAUGUCUAGUUUGAUUAAUUGUCCACGUUAUUAGUUCAGUUAUCCAAAGAAAUGGCUUUUAAACCAUAGGUAAUGGGUUCAAAACUCGCUUGUUGUAAUCCAUAAUCUAUGUAUUGACACAUUAAUCUUAAAAACAAAAACUUUGGGGGCUAUUGGUACACAUUGACUUUUUAGUUUACCUGAGCCAAAGGCUCAAGUGAGCUUUUCUGAUCAUAGUUUGUCCAUUGUUUGUCAUUGUCGGCAUUGGCAUUGUCAUCAUAAACUUUUAUCUUUUCCAGAACCACUGGGCCAAUUUCAAUCAAACUUGGCACAAAGUUUUUGGGGUGAAGGGGAUUUAAUUUUUUUUUUCAAAUGAAGGGUCAUACCCCACUCCAAAGAGAGAUAAUCAAUAAAAAGGCAAAAGUAUGGAUGCUUCUCUUAAAAAUUUUAAGAACCCUGGGGACCUGAAAAGAUGGAAUUUAUGUGACGUAAUGCAGAUUCAUGGUUGUUCAAAUAUAUACGGAAUAUAUUACAGAGGGAUAUAUGAGGAAUUAAUAGCUACUUGGGGUUGGGGGGGGGGGGGAUGUGUCCACAAUCUUGGGUAAAAAAUUAUUAUUGGAAAAAAGGGGGGAAAUAUCUUUUAAAAAUUCUUCAAAGGGACAGCAAGGCCAAGGUCAGGGUGACUCAGGUGAGCAUUGUGGCCCAUGGGUCACGGUUCAUCAUAUUUUUGUAGAAUUUUAUUUUGGACUUGAUCAUGUUUUACUCCUUUUUUAAUCCCUCAAAAGUUGAGUGCUAGCUUAUCCAUCAUACAGUUUGUUCUUGAAUAUCAAAUGAUUACAAUUUCAUGUGGAUUCAGACAAAUCGAAUCUAGAAAAAAAUUGUUUAGACAUAAUUAAAAAUGGAUUUUUUUUUUCUUUUCUUUAAAUGAUAUAAGCAGUUAAUUUGUAAUGGAGUUUUCUUUUGAAGUAAUUUUGCAAUACCACUAUGUGCUGUUUGGCAGAUUUUAUAAUUUAUUGAUGUAUUGAAUUUGAAUUUUGAUAAUUGACAAAAAAUGAAUGUUUCAAUUUCUAAAUAUUCUGAACUAUUACUAGGACAGAUGAUAGACUAUAAUUGUGCUGUUGUCAUGGAGAUGAAUUUCAUGCUUUAUUUAGUGUAUUGAAUGUGGAGUGUAAAUGUUUCAUCCUGUAGAUGUUGGAAUAAAAUGUAAAUCCUGCAAAUGAA